GCCUAUGUAUGUAUGUAGAAUUUGUCAGAAAUUUUCUCGCACAAAGCAAAGUGUUUUUAAAAAACGCUAUUUACUCGUAGUGCGAUGCGCCAGCGCAAGUAGACUCCAUUCAAGUGACUACAGUGCAGGGAUCCCAACGACGGAGAUUCCAGUGGGGCAGGGACUGCGCCCGAAUUCAGGCUCCGCCAGCGAUUUUCUCACCAAGGCGUAGGCACAGGCGUUGUGGAUCAUCGCGUCUCCUAAUCCGAGCAGGUGAAACAUGAAGAUGGCUGACGGCUCGACCAUAUUGCGUAGGAACCGGCCAGGCACCAAAUCCAAGGACUUCUGUCGCUGGCCCGACGAGCCCCUGGAGGAGAUGGACAGCACGCUGGCGGUGCAGCAGUACAUCCAGCAGCUGAUCAAGCGCGACCCGAGCAACGUGGAGCUCAUCCUGACCAUGCCCGAGGCGCAGGACGAGGGCGUGUGGAAGUACGAGCAUUUGCGCCAGUUCUGCAUGGAGCUGAACGGCCUGGCCGUGCGGCUGCAGAAGGAGUGCUCCCCGUCGACGUGCACCCAGAUGACGGCCACCGACCAGUGGAUAUUCCUGUGCGCCGCCCACAAGACGCCCAAGGAGUGUCCGGCCAUUGACUACACGCGCCACACACUGGACGGUGCCGCCUGUCUGCUGAACAGCAACAAGUACUUCCCGAGCAGGGUCUCCAUCAAGGAGUCUUCGGUGACCAAGCUGGGCUCCGUCUGCCGGCGCGUGUACCGCAUCUUCUCGCACGCCUACUUUCACCAUCGUCGCAUCUUCGACGAGUUCGAGGCCGAGACGUAUCUGUGCCACCGAUUCACGCAUUUCGUCACAAAAUACAAUCUGAUGUCCAAGGAGAAUCUGAUCGUGCCCAUCAACGCGGCCGAGAACGCGGCCCCCGGCGAAAGCGAGGCCUAG